AUGAAGAGCUAUAUUACUCUCGCAGCCUUUGCUGCUGGAGCCCAGGGUCUUGUCAGCCGCACUGGUAGCUGCUGCUUCCAUCUUACCGCCAACGGGUCUCCUGUCGGUCAGCUCAGUGAUGGACAGAACCGUAUUGGGGAUAGCAGUCUUCCCGAGGGAGAGUUCUGUAUUGAUGGUGGCUCUAUCACUGAUGGCAAUGGUCGUGGCUGCAUUUUAACCCCCCCCACUACUCAAUUGCAGUGCGACGUGGGAGCAACUCCCACCUCAGGCUUCUCUAUCAGCUCCAACGGUCUGCUUGAAUUCAACGGCAGUCCCGACUUUAUUGCCUGCGAGACGGGUGAUAACGGUGGCCUGAACAUCUAUACUACCCAAAGCAGCGACCUGAGUAACUGCAAAAUGAUCGAGUUGGAAGCCAGCUCCUGCUCCAGCGGUACCACUUCGCCACCUGCGACCAACUGUGGAACUGCUCUUUCCACGGGCAAUUACGAGUUCCCACACCUGAUUAUUCCCGUCGACUCCUCGUCCCCCAACACCGCCGCUGGUACUUCAUUCAACGGCAAAGUGACUUCUACAGUCUCUAGCAUUUUCAACUUCGAUAUUCCCUCGUCUGACUCGGGCAAGACCUGCAGCCUGGUCUUCCUGUUCCCCGAGAAGGCUAACCUGGAGACAUCGUCCUUUACAUUCAGCGGCGAUGGCAAGAUCGAUUUCUCUGAACUGUCUAAGGCUGCUACUACCUCGACUACCUUUGACAAUGCCCCGUCUGUAUCUAUGGACUUGGGUGAGAUUACUGUUUCGCCCGGUAACUCGUACGUUGUUUCGACCUUCUCGUGCCCCGCUGGUCAGGCGGUGGCCUUUGAGAUGAAGAAUGCUGGUAGCACCGACUUUGAAUUCUUUGAGGACUUCAACCCUGCUCCGCUUGGUCUUUUCAUCACUGUCUGCUAA